AUGAUGUUGCAGGAAUUCAAAGAUUGCCUAAUUCAUACAGAUGAUGUCUUCACUCAUUACAUGCUGAAAUACCUUCCAUUUGGUAAUGAUCAUUUGACAAUGGGGCUGGGAACCUGGAUAACCAAGUUAUUCAUCGUGAUCUUGGUAGUGCUCAUAAUUUACGAAACUAUAUUGACGAUUGGUAUUAAACUUAACUGGUGGAAGGACCCUGUUUUGCAAUUUUUCCAAGAGAAACCAGUGCAUUGUGCCCAUGUUUACGUCAAUGUGAACUUGCUAGAAAAUGACUCGAUUGACUUCAAAAGCCCUGACCAGAAUAAAUGUUUACUCGAAAAACCUUUGACUUAUCACAUUGAAUUUGGUCCUGACGAUUAUGACUAUGAAGACCCGGAACUCGGAAGUACCGUUGGAUUCUUGAUUGAUAAAAUGAAUGUGAUGGCCCAAGAAUUUGUUAACCGUGGUAAGUACACGAUGGUUGGCGGCGGUGGUCAUUUAUAUCACAAAGGACACUAUAAGAAUGCUUUUAAGAAAGAUGCUUUAUGUUUACAAGACAUUGAAACUGGAAGUACUGUUGACUUCUUUGCGAUAGUCGAAGUUCCAAAAGAAAACCAAAAUUGA